UUCUUUCGUACUAGUCAUCAAGCUAGCAAUUAAAAAAACCCUAUCCACGUCAGGAAUCAGGAUAGCUCAAACCCACCAGAAUGCUCUGAGUUUCUCUGAUUCCAGUACCCACCGAAACAACAACAAUGUCCAUGGCUUUGUUCUCAUCUCCUCCAACCCAUCUCCCAACUCUCUCUCCAUACUCUUCUUCUGCAAAAACCCACCUCACACACAAGCCUUAUCUCCAUAUCAGACCUAAAAAGCACCUUCUUUUGGUGUCCACGAGGGUUACUGAGAAUGGGUCUGGAGUGGUGGGCUCUGCUGCCAUGGUAGAGGACCAGAAGAUUGAACAGAACGUUCCUGAAGCCCCUGUGAAGGAUUCCGAGCCGAAAUUGGAGUCCGGUGAGGGUCUUUUGGGGCCUAAUGGUUCAGCCGUGAAGGGGGUAUGUAAAUUUGAGGACUCUAGAUGGGUGGGAGGCACUUGGGAUUUGAAGCAGUUUGAGAAAGAUGGAAAGCCCAAUUGGGAUUCUGUAAUUGAUGCUGAGGUUAAAAGGAGGAAAUGGCUUGAAGAUAAUCCGGAGACAUCUAGUAAUGACGACCCUGUAGUUUUUGACACUGCCAUUAUUCCUUGGUGGGCAUGGGUGAAGAGGUUCCAUCUUCCUGAAGCUGAACUACUCAAUGGUCGAGCUGCAAUGAUAGGCUUCUUUAUGGCUUACCUGGUGGAUAGCUUGACUGGGGUAGGUCUUGUUGACCAAAUGGGCAACUUCUUCUGCAAAACACUGUUAUUUGUAGCUGUAGUUGGAGUGCUUCUGAUCCGGAAGAAUGAGGAUAUAGAAAACAUAAAAAAGCUUCUGGAAGAAACGACUUUCUACGACAAGCAAUGGCAAGCAACUUGGCAGGAUGACACUUCUAGCAGUUCCAAGGACUAGUCAAUGGCCAUUUAUAAGUUUGUAUUUUAACCUCUUGUUAUUGUCUUCUCUUUUGAAUCAUAUUUCUGUAAUUUUUAUGGUAAUGAAGAGCUAUGGUUCGAGUUCUAUCCUUCACUUUGCUCUGAAUCCUCUAGGGCAUAUUUAUGUACUAUUUGCUGCUUUUCUAAUAUUAUGUGAUAUUAAUAAUGUUUUCUUUAUUAAUUAAUAUUAUUGACGCCUUCGGCUAA